AUGCACGCCAUCCACCACGCCCGUUCUCACUCUUGUCUCUGGACGCGCGUCACAACAUCAUGGCCCCGCCGCUUCCCUCCCUCCCGUCAAUUCGCGUCGGAGCUCCCGCGCCCGCCUCCUAAGGCCCAGCCCCCAACCGAGACAUUCGCCUCCCCUUCCCAGCCCCGCGCAUACUACACACGUCCAAAACCAAGAGACCUGCCCCCAUAUCGUAGAACGUGGCCGGUUCUUCUCGCGCUGGGAACCGCGGGUGUGGGCGUAUGGGCCGCGUUCCUCACAUACGUCGCCAAUCAGGAGCGUCUGUCGAGCUCUGUCAUGCGGCGGGUGGUUAGCACGAUCCGCCAGAGCCCGGAGGUACAGGACCUGUUGGGGGAAGCCAUUCGUCCCGAGCCGGCGUGGUACCUCAACGGGGACCCAUGGGUGACAGGAUCGGUCAACAUGCUGCAGGGUAACGUAGAUCUCAGCUUUCGCGUGAAGGGUCACAAAGGAGCCGGUACGCUUUACUAUACGAGUAUACGCAAGGCCAAGGGGGAACCGUUCACAGAUAUUCGCUUCAAAAUUAUCGCCGACAACGGUGCUGUUUUGCAAUUGACAAACGAGCCGUAA